CGGAUGCCCUGUGGCAUUCUAAUUAUUGUCGCCGUGGGUACCCUGUGUGCAGAUUGCUCUCCGUCACCCGUCACCGGAUACAUAUCUGUGUAUGAUGUCUUUAGCAGCUUUAGUUAUCAAAGGUUCUCAUAUUUUCCACUUAUUAACCUCCAAAGUUUCUGUUUUUGUAUUGAAAUGGGGUCUGGAGGGCUGAAUGGGGAGCUGAGGAACCAGUCGGAUCAAGUUGAUGCAAUAUUACGCUAUCAUUUUGCUGUACCUCACGACUCGAGAUCAACACCCCAACACCAACGAACGACAACCGCAAAUUUUCCCUCAACAAAUCCUCAUAAUUCGACGACAAAUCCAACGCCUGAAUUCACUGAGAUGGUGUGCUAUUUGUGCUCGGUGAAUUUCACCUUGUUCAAACGAAAAAGUACAUGUCGAGGUUGCAAGAAGACACUCUGCAGUAACUGUUUCACACAAGGAUUGAAUGCUCGUGACCAAUCACCACGUUGUAUAACAUGUCGAGCACUUGCAGCCCCAUCAACACACAAAGACUUUCUACAAUAUCUGAAGAUCAAAGACUUGCAGGACUUCUUAAGACUGAAAAACAUUCCCAUGUCCCAGUGUAAAGAAAAACGGGAUUUGAUUGAGUUAAUACUACAAUACUCACAGCCACGGAGGUAUCCUGACUUUCCUAGAGGAACUCCUCAUCCUCCGCCCCCUGUCACUCAUGAUCAAAGACAGGGGGGGACGCAUCCUAACUCAAAUAGUGGUCAAACAGCAAAUAGAGUCAAUAGAGCUGGGGAGAAUAAUGCAUGUGAAACAAAAGAGGCAACUCGACGUACUAUAGAUGACAUUACGGACAUUGAACAAGUAGAUAACCUGUCAGUCAAAGAACUAAAGCACAUCCUUACGGCAAAUUUUGUGGAUUUCAAGGGAUGUGUGGAAAAGGAAGAGCUGUUAUCAAAAGUCCGUUUGCUAUGGAAGUCAAGAAAUUGUGAGAAACAGAAAGUUGAGAAUGUGUCGGAGUCACUGGAUGAGUCCUGUAAAGUGUGCAUGGAUAACCUGAUCGACUGUGUCCUACUAGAGUGUGGGCACAUGGUAGCCUGUAUAAACUGCAGUAAACAGUUAGCAGAGUGCCCUAUAUGUAGGCAGAACAUCUCACGAAUUGUCAGGGUGUUCAAAGCUUAAUGUUAAUCAUUCACAAAUUACGACUUCUCCUAAUUGAUUAAGAGGGGGGCUAGAAAGGGGGGCUGCCAAAGAAAGAGCAAUGUUCUCUUUCAGAAGAGUAGGGUACUUGCCGAAGAAUUGUUAUUCAAUUCACAAGGAAUCAUCCUGUAGAUAUAUAUUUUAAAAUGGACCAUGGAUCACUUAAAUGAAGGGGUCAAGAGCACAGGGGUCUCUGCCUCCCCUCUUCAUCUGACCCCCCCUUUCUACAAGCACAAUAUUUGGUGUAUUUUUUUGGGAAAAUGAGAAAGGACUACAAUUACCAGUAUGUCUGCAUGGUGAGACUGAAUAGGCGAAUGAGUUAAUGUGUUGGUCUACUAGUAAAAUUGGUGUAACUAAAAUAUGAUCCAUAACAAAAAAUAUAAUAUUGCUUGCCACUAUUCUUCAUGUUUGGAUCAUAAGAUGUUCGUAAUUAUGUAAUACAUUAGCCAGACCUCAGCUUCUGUAAUAUCGAUCUGACUUGCGUGACACAUGGUUUGUAAGCUUUGAAACCCUGUGAGAAUGAGAUGUUCAUCUCAGUAAGUGAAUUAAAUCUGCUUGAAUCAUGAUGAAUUUCAAUCCAUCCUACAACUAAAACAGCUCAGUUAUAUUUUUUAAAAUAUCAAAUAAAACAGGAAAGUUGUAUUUUGAAAAAUGAUGCAAGUUUUGAAUAUUCAAAACAAAACAACAUUGCCAUGUCAGAUCUACAGACUACAGCACUUAUUUUAUUGCAUGGUACUAUUGUAGACCAGAUAGCCUGAGUGAAAGGCCCUUUUAUUAUUCGCUGCGAAGAAUAUACUGGGAAGUGAAAAAAAAAUUUCUCUAAAACUUUUGAAAAAUAAAAUUGCCUUAUACUCAGGGUAUAGACCAAAUGACUGAGAUUUUUGUGUAAAUACUGUAUAAUACACUUCUUGUAUUACUUAUAUACACAUGACUCAAUAAAUGUUUCUCAGCUUUUUGAUUGGUCAAAUUUAAUAGAACAAUUGUAUUAUUUGCUUGAGACUAGUACUCAUGAUGCAGUGAAAGUCAAUGACCAAUAAUGACCUGAGCAACGUUUUUUUGAGAAGAUAAGAAAUUAAUAAUAAAAAUACCACUAAAGGCU